CUGAGAGAGACAUUCCUGAAGAAAAUAAUCAGUGCGGAGCGACGACUUCGAGAAACUUGCCCAACGAGAACGACGAAAUUUCUGGCGUAAAAGCUGAUCAGAAUUCUCUUAAAAAAGAGAAAGGACCUCCAUCCAGCAGGACGCUUUCUACUCGAAGAAAUAAAGGCGAGAGCUUUCAGAAGCUUAAGAGCAAUUCCUCUGGCGAUGAAAACAACAAUCCUCACACCAACAUAGUAUCUUUAGAGAAAACAAAGAGAGUAAGUUCGGAUACAUGUUCAUUUGGGAACAUUCCACGAGAAGUACCAAAGGAAAAGGGCCUUUCUGGAGUUACCCUGCAGUCUGCAAGGCUCAUGAAAUGCUCUCGAAGGCCGUUUGGAGUUAAAGUAAGAAAGGACUUCACUUAUCAAAGAGGUUUUGUUUUGGAUUCGGAAGAAAACCGAGAGGUGGAAUUUAAAUCUUUUGCAGGUGCACCAUCCUCACAUCUUCCAUGGAAAAUAAUGGAAAAGGCAAAAAAAUUCAUUUGUGCCUGUUUAAAUGGCGAUAGAAAAGGUGUCAUUUAUUUUGGAGUUGAAGAUAAUCAAAGAGAGGGUUCAAAAUUUCGACACGGAGAAAUAACUGGACUCGAUGUUGAAGAUAUCAAAGACGACAUCACGAAAGCAUUUCAAGAUUUACUCAAUAACCACAUCAAGAGUGACGGUGGACCACUACAAAAAGGAGGAGAGCAAAACUGUGUAAAUCUAUACUUUGUUCCCGUUAAAAGCGAAGGAAAUAAAGUCGAUCCAUAUGUGAUAGAAAUUGAGGUUUCCAGAGAUUGGCGAUUCUGCAAAGAUAAUGUCUAUUACUCUAAACGCUGGAUCGAGAAGAAGACAACGGAUGAGAAAAAAGAUGCGAAUGGAAAGAAAGGACUUCACGAUCUCUUCAAAGUAAAGGGCGAUGAGCUUGAUGACGUGGCAAUCAGGACCAAUGGGGCAUCGGCCUGUGUGAAACAAGAUGAAGUACGGUGGCAAGUGAGAGAGCCUUUAAAGACAAAGUUCGAUGGGUGGAAACAAGAAACAUCGGUGUAUAAUGCCAUACUUUUAGGACAACGCCCUGAUGAUGCAGACUUUCAAAGGUUCAUCCCCAUUGUUAAAGACCGAUUGUAUGAUUUGGAUUUCAAACAGUAUCAUUACGUUCUUAUUGCCAACAAAGUCCCUCCCAAGUACAGAGGAACUCCUCAUUUAUCUUUUCUCCAAAAUAUUCCUUGGAUGGCUGUUUUUGACUUGUUUGAUCCUGCCUCAAAGAAAGAUGGAUUACAUUUUAUUUGUAAUGAGAUGAAUGACGCACCCAGAGCAAAUAUUACAACUCUGGAUGACUUCAAAGACUUUUCGCCUGAUUGGAUUGAUGACAAGAACUGCACUUUGUUCACAAAAGGAACGACUUGGAUUUUUCAACCAGAGAAUCUUCAAGACAAAGAAUGGAUCACGUGUUCAGCCAAGUACUAUUUCUUCCAUGCUCUGUCCGCUCUCAAGCAAUACUCUCCUCUCAAGCGACUGAUUGUUGUUAUCCUUGGUCUUGGGGAGAACGCGAUCACGGAGAUGGCAGACAUACCAGAGAGCUGUUUCACCAUACUUGGUGGGGACGUGGCAAAGAAAUGUGUUACCAUCAUCAUUGAGAAUGAGUCAGUUUUAGAUGCAUUAAUGAAGGCUUCAAAACCAGCUUUACAAAAACGACUCAGAGAUUGCUCUAUUAGCAAUAUAUCGUGGGAGUUACUGAAACAUAUUGUUCGCAUGAAGGUCGGACCUGCUGAGUUUCAGGAAAAAGGAGCUACUACGAUACUCCCUUUCAUCACAGGUCCCAUAGAAGUACUUAACAAAAUUAUCCACUCCUGGGAGGAUCUUGAAAUUUAUUGCCCAAAUCCUCGAUUAACAAAUUCAACGGAAGAAAUUGAAAAAGCAAGAGAGACAUUCUACAAAGGAGGACAAGUCAGCCAGGUUAACUUGCUUCACAACCACAGCAUUCAAAGGACCCACGAGGAAGAGCUAAUUCAGAAGAUCGAGCAAGCAGUCAAUUCUUUGAAAGCAUCAGCCCGUGAUUCUUGCUCUGUAAGAACAAUCACUCUUCUCUUUGAGCCAGGAUCGGGAGCAACAACUCUAUGCCGUAGAAUUCUCUGGAGUAAACGCAAAGAUUAUCGUUGUGCUGUAAUCAAGUCAAUUUCAAAGACAACAACUGACUUUCAAAUCUCACAAUUUCAAGCCUUUGGCUACGAUGAACCUCACAGCAUUUCACCUCCUGCUUUGAUCCUCAGUGAUAAUUUCCCCGAGAUCGACACACAAGGCUUGUCGGAGCGAUUACAAGAGAGAGGAACAAAAUGCGUUAUGAUCGCCACCUAUCCUGUCGGAAAAACUGGUGCAGACACUACUUCAGAUAGCAAACCACUGGGCCAACUGGAUAAAGAUGAAAUGAUCCUUGUAAGGGCCAUCCUUAUCAAUGUGACCAACGACAAGGGACGUCGAAAGGAGGCUGAAGAAGUGCUCGAGAGAGAAAGACGAUUUAUUUGGCUUGGAUUGGAGCUCUUCGGUCGGGAGUAUGUGAAGAUUGAGGAACGAGUUCGUAAUCACAUCCAAAGCAUUCUGUCUACCCUCGGAGAUUCUCGUGACACACAUGAGAGGCUGCUCCAUUUUUGCUGCUUCCUCCAUUUUUAUAGUAAUGGUGCAGACAUCUUGCCCCACUCAGUUUUAGUUGACUUCCUUCAAGAAGAAAGUGUUGAGACAGAUUCAGAGUGUGCUCAAGUGUCGUAUAUUCACGACAAAUUCGGAGGUCUUAUUCUCAAUGAAUUCAACGAAACUUACGGGUAUCAUGGCUGGCGACCUGCACACUCCCUUGUCAGCGAAUUCGUCAAAUCACAAAUGAAUGGGAAAGAAAUUGCAGAACAACUUUUAGAACAUGCCGAUAGAGGAAAGGCUUACGUCAACAAAUAUUUAAAACAACAACUUUUCCAGAUUCUGUUGCAUCGUGAAAGGGUAUCUAAUGAAGCAACCAUUCCGCAUGAAGAGGACGUGGCUGAAGAUGAAAUGAGUACUAGUAUCGAAACUGAAGAACAAGGAUCUUAUUAUGUCCGCACCCGGUACUCCCCGCUGAUACUGGAAAUUCUAGGGGGAGAAGAUGGCAACCGAAGAACAUUAGAUUUACUCAUUACGGUUUGCCAAAAGGCAAGGAAAACGGAAUAUAAAGCGUUUGCCUGGCAGUAUUUGGCAAGAUUCAUUGGUUAUGAGAUGCGAUUCAAAAAUUUUGAUGGAGAGGACACUUUACACAGUCGUCUAUUUGAUGAAAUGAAUUUAAACAGAGAGGGGGGAGCCAUGCAGUCCAUGCCGGAAACUGGUAUUCAAGCUGCCCACGUUGCAAUUGAUAUCGCUAUUAAUCUACAACCCAAAUAUAGAAACCAUUACACGACCAAAGGUGUUCUGUACAUUCUACGCCUGAGAGACCUGAAAGCUGAAUCUGGACAUGAUCUUGAGGCUUUAAUGCCCGAUGUCAUUGACAUAGGUCGCAAAGCACUGGAGGUGUAUGAUCACGUAAUACCGGGAAAACACGGACACAACCUUUACUCCGUGAUUGGCAAAAUACAAGUCAUUGUCCUCCUCCUAAAAAUCGUGAAGUCCUUACCUUGCUUCUAUCUGGAGAAUAGCAGCUACACAAGGUAUCUCGAAGGGGGAAAGAUCCCAACAGGAAUGGCAGACGUGCUUCCGCAAGAAGAUCACAGCUUUAUACAGAGCCUUGGUCAAAUCACUCUGGACACACUUAACGAACUUUUUCAGGAUGUCAAAUACAAGCUGCUGACCACCUGUGAUAAAAAUGAAACAAGGCGCCUAAGCUGCACAAAUGUCAGGGCAUGCAAGUUGCGAAGAGAAUUUUACGAGAUCACUGAAUUUGACCGAAGUGAGAUGAUGGAUACCCAAGAGAACUUAUCAUCCCAGUCUAAAGAGGCAGCACUCCACCAUAGGCAAGUGGUACAAGAUGUCCUUUUCAGGGAAAAUGAAACAUCUUAUAGUGCCUGGUGCAAGCUUGAUGACGAGACAGUUUUAAGAAUUUAUAAUCUCCUAAAACAAGUUUUUCAGCGGGGUCGUGGAAACCAUGACGACAUGGUGAUUUUCUGUCGAGCCUGCCUGCGUCUACAACAAACGAAAGUACCAGUUGACGAACUCGAGAGUGUUGUGCAGAAGUGGGUGAAGAGGAAUCCUGAUUCAGAGUGGGCGCAUCUUUUUAACUAUAUGAUCCAUUUCCCAAUUCCAAAUGGAAGUUUGGCAACCAAUACUUCAGAGGCAUCAAAGUCUGUCGAAAAAUGUUGGAGAAACGUUCGUCAGAGGAGAGGCAUGGGUGCUCGUAAAUCUGCCACAGAGUACUUUCUUGGAAAUGGCAUGGGGCUCUCUGCCAUAGUAAGCCGUCAACAGUUCCCAGAGCUAGAGAAAAAGCUGGAAUCAAAAACUGACUUCUGGAGAAGCAAAGAAGUAUCUGAGACACUCUUGCGAGUACGAGGUCAAAAGAAGUCAAAGGGAAUCAUAACAUAUCACGGAAUUCAACUUCAUUUUGACGACUCACUUUAUCCAAGAGAGAGUAAAGACGACCUCUGGUUUUAUGUUGGCUUCUCAGUCGCUGGUCCUUAUGCAUUUGAUCCUAUCGACAAGGACACUUAUAAUUCCAUCAUGAACAGGAAGCAAGGGAAAAGAAGAACACCACACUCAUCCAUGAGGAAGUCAAAGUUUGGUGGUAAUGCUGCAAAGAGUGUUGUUCCAUCGAGAAGAAAAAACCAAAAGGUCAAUCAGAUAAGAAGAAUUCCUGCUAAAGUAGAAGCCCACACCUCUUUUCAGGACGGUAAAAAGCUACCAAGGGAACUUGCCUCCUGUCCAUCUGGAUCGGAAAUCUACUCCCAGUCAGCCAAUGAAGCUCUUGAUUUGCCUUUAGCUGCCAGUGACGAGUCUCCGAAGUCUGGAAUGACGGGUGCUUCAACAGGCACCCACAAAGACGGUGCAAAUACCACUCAGAUAUGUACUUACGCAACUGUGGUAAAGCAAACAGCUGCAAAAACCCAGGCACAAGGUCUGAAACCUAGCCAGUUACCCAGCAGACAGACUUUGGUUCCUCAAAAAGGUGGCUCAUGGAAAGCCGUCGAAGGGACCCAGGGAGGAGUGACGCAGGAGUUCCAGCCAACACACGUUGAUCAGGAAGGAAGACUGCACCAUGGUUCUAAGGUUCUAGGGGCGUUUAAGUCUGUAGAAUGCAGGAUUCACAAAGGCCCUCGUUCUCUCCUUUCCGGUAUCGAUGAUUGCAGCUUUGCGCAUUCAUGGAAGGGGGAUACGCGGCAGUUUGUAUGUAUCAUGUGCACACGAGAAAAAAAGUGUUGCAGACAAAAAGAGGAACAUAAAAAGUUUAUUUGGGACUUAGGCCCCUAUCUUAACGAAAACGGUACCUUAUGGAAAAACCCUUACGCCUGAUAUGAAUUAACAUAUUAAGGUACUCGUUCCUCGUAGUAUUGUGUUUUUUCUUUAAGUUCCUAGUUCAGAACUGCCUCGAAUGUUAAGUGGAGAAAAACUUAGAGGAAUUUCGAUUCAAAAGUUGAUGUUUCUUAGAAAUCGCCCUUUAGGUUAUUGCAGGAUGAAAUCAGACAAAAUCAAAAGCUCCUUUUGUUAUCACGAAAUAUCUUACAAGACCAAACGUUCCCCUGUCUUUGUAUUAAGGCACAGAAGUAAACAAGCGGUAACAUUUAACAAAUUCCAUCAGUGGUUCUCUUUUACUGCAUUCCUGACAGUUUUUGUGCCCAUCAAUUUUAAACUUAAACAUUAACAUGCUAAUCUAGGUUUGUAGUUUAACAUUACUUUCUAGUAACAAAAGGAUGUCAUUUGACCUGUAAAAUUGAAUGGCUAACCUACAGGUAGUCAAAGCAGUAGUUCAAAACUACUGUAUUGUAUUGAAACACUUUUCUUACUUUGAUAGCUAGCCUGUUUUUGCUCGAUUUAAUGAUCAGAUUUCUCAAGGACCAAACUUAGCCUAAGUAAAACUUGAGUUCAAAUUACAGAUAUCUCGUAGCAAUAAAGCUGACAUCGCUCUAUCUUGUGGAGUGUUUUGUGCAUUAGCAGUUAACCUCAUUCCCAGGGUCUUUUUUAUUCUCAUGUCACUGCCCCCGUAGGGAUUGCCGGAAGAAGACAAAGUGGGUAUGACUGGCUUUGUCUUCAGAGUAAGUU